GUAUAGUGGCAGUAGCGCUCUCGGGCAGUGCGUUUGCGCGGUAGCUAUCUUUUGCUCUGCUUGCUUGCCAUGGCCGAUCAGCACCGGGGCGGCGGCGGGGGCUACGGCGACAUGCACCGCGGCGGCGGCGGCGGCGAGACGCAGCAGAGGCAGGGCGCCAUGAUGACGGCCCUGAAGGCGGCGACAGCCGCGACCGCCGGCGGGUCGAUGCUGGUGCUGUCCGGGCUGAUCCUGGCCGGCACCGUGAUCGCGCUCACGGUGGCGACCCCCGUGCUGGUGAUCUUCAGCCCGGUGCUGGUGCCGGCGGCCAUCGCGCUGGCGCUCAUGGCCGCCGGGUUCGUCACCUCCGGCGGCCUCGGCGUGGCCGCGCUGUCCGUGUUCUCGUGGAUGUACAAGUACCUGACGGGCAAGCACCCGCCGGGCGCCGACCAGCUGGACCACGCCAAGGCGCGGCUGGCGUCCAAGGCCCGCGACAUCAAGGAUGCGGCGCAGCACCGCAUCGACCAGGCCCAGGGAUCUUAAGGGUAUAAGAUACAAAGCGGAUCGCGCAUGCCCUGCGUGUCCAGUGCGGGGCGGCGCACGACCACCGCCGGUGCGGCAUGGCCUACGGCAGCCGCCGCAGCGCCGCGCUAGCUAGCUGAUCGUUAUGAUAUGUUGUGCUUUGUAUGUGCAUGUGUCCGUGGGUUGCUGUGCGUUUUUCUUGGUCGUAGUGGCGGGUCGGAUGUACUGCAUGGUGGAUGUCUAGUUUGGAUGUUAUGUUUAUAAUGAGGAAUAAAAUAAAAACGCAGUGUUCAGGAUU